UCGAAAUGAUAGUCACAGUUUUUUUCGCAAAUCCAUUGCGUCUUUGUUCUUGUUUUUAAUUAAAAUAUUAAGUGAAACUCCCUUCGACUUUUCUCUCUACAAUGGCGCCUCUCUCUGAUGAGGCGCUGUCAGGACACUUGUUAGCUUCAAAGCUUGUUUUGAUGUCAGUCCUUGAAGGCAUCUGGCUGCUGUUGCACACGAAUGAGCCAGAGAUUUCGACAGCAUGGCCAUGACUGCUGAUGGCUGCAUUCAAUUCACACGCCAUGCGGGUGACGUCCUGCUCAACUUCAACCGCCUCCGCAGCCGCAACAUCCUGACUGAUGUCGCCAUACAGGUGGACGGACAGCAUUUUCACGCUCACAAGGCCAUCUUGGUAGCCUGCAGUGGCUUCUUUUACUCUGUCUUCAUGGACCCCAAGAAUGCCAACCUAAGUGCCAUAGGCUUGGACCCCAAAGUGGACGCCAAGGGUUUCUCCAUCCUGCUGGACUUCAUGUACACGUCCUGUCUGGACCUGAAGGACAGUCUGGUACAGGCCACCAUGAGCACAGCCAUCUACCUCCAGAUGGAGCACGUGGCCGACACCUGCCUCAGGUUCAUCCAGUCCAGGUACAUGAGUAAAAGAAUGUGGCACACUGCAAUAUCUCCGUAAAUGAACGAGUUGAAGUUAAACUUACUUUUCAA